CGUCCGGUCCUCAGAGUCUUCCCCGCCUAAGAACCGCCCUUGACAAACAACCCAACAUUCUUUCCCGUCGCCAUCGCAUUAACCUACCCUCGUCAACUAUCCUGUCGUCACCGGCCCUGGAUUAGCUGCGCCUGUUGUCGACUGUAUCACGUUUCAUAAAGUCGAAUUAUUUACGCGAACCUGACCCCUACAGGUCACCGCGGCCAUUUUGACGCCUUUUCGGGAAGUCGACUGGGAAACAGGAUCUCAAUCUACCACAGUGGUCUAAAAGGGUUACGCCGGUCGUCCCUCUUUCCUUCGCUCAACUACUAGCACAACAACCAUACUGUCUGGAGCAGGUGUCCAGAUACUGAUACCCCUUGCAAUUGUUUCCUGACACUUCUACAUCUACAACUACAACAUGAAAUCAUUCACGCUCAAGUCGGCUCUUGCAGCCUCCACCCUUCUGAUUGCAGCCAACUUGCCAGCAGUGAUCGCACAGACACAAGUCGACAAGGGAUGCUAUAGUGAUUCGACGCCGUUGAAGGAUCAGGGUCCUUAUACGUACCAAAGUAACGGAUAUUGCCAGAAGCUCUGCUUGAAGGAUAACUAUGCUGUUUUUGCCUUGUCGAAGGGCACAAACUGUCUUUGCGGUAACCAACUACCAGCAACAUCGGCUAAGACAAGUGACGGCGACUGCAAUGUCAAAUGUGCUGGAUGGCCUGAUGUUAUGUGCGGUGGUAAUAAUGCGUUUUCCGUCUAUCUCACUGGUAUCGAAGAUAAUGUGGAUAGUUACUCAUCCUCGUCUUCCUCCUCCUCGAGCUCUUCCUCUAGCACCGAGAGUGGAGCCUCGACAACGACCAAUGGAGGGACUGUCGUUACUACUACUGGUGGACAAACAGUGAUCAAGACGGCGGAUAGCGAAAAGACAACGCAGGGUGCCGAGCAAAAGGAGAAGAAGUCUGGAUCGAAUACUGCUGCCAUCGCCGCUGGCGUCGUCGUGGGAGUUGUUGGUUUCUGUGCUUUGGUGGGGGCUAUCUUCUUUCUAUGGCGGUUUAAGAACCGUUCCAACAUGCCCGAACAGUAUCGAAACAACAACAUUGACAGCUUUGGCGCCAAACCCAUGUCCCAAAGCUCCAUGUCUGAUUCUAGGUUCGACGGUGACUUCAUGGCAAAGCGGCGUCAGAGCAAUGGCAGCAUCGAUGAUGAUCAAGACUUUUCCCGUCGAAUUUUGCAGGUGAAUAUUAUUUGCCCUGGAUCGCAUGCUACUAUACAGUGCAAUUACUGACCGUGAUCUAGGUGACCAAUCCCGAUCGCCGCUACUAAAUUCAGGAACUCUGAACCUCCCAAAUGGACCAUGUCCCUUGUGAAUCAUCGAACAACAACAGCCUUGGCUACUAGUCCUACUCGUUAUCCUGAUAUACAUAAAUUAGUU